AUGGCGCAGAACCCCUACCUGCUCGCUGCCGACAACAGCCCGGCGCUGCUACCCCUCCUCCGCGAAAACCCCAGUCUUGCUUCGGGGCAAGACGAGCACGGUUACUCCCUCGUCCACGCCGCGGCAAGCUACAACCACCUCGAUCUCCUGCGUACCCUCAUCCAGGAGUUCAAUGUGGACGUAAACUUGAAAGACGAGGACGGCGAGACUGCGUUGUUCGUCGUCGAGACGGUCGAUGCUGCCAAGUGUCUUGUCGAGGAGCUUGGUGCCGAUAUUCACAUUCGAGGCGACGAUGGCGUGACACCGAGAGAAAAGAUUGAGGCCGAGGCCGACUAUCCUGAAGUGGCAGAGUACCUCGCUGGAGCAGAGACGGAAAGGCCGGCAUCAUCUUCGGCGGCGGCUGCGACGAACGGCUCGAGCGAAACGGCAGAGAUGCCCCCUGUACCAGAGGGACUCGCCGUGUCUGUGGGCAGCAUGGAUCAGACUGCAGACGUGCCAGAAGAGGUGGAUCCCGAGUUCAAGCGCCGCAUCGAGGAGCUCGCGGGACGAGAGGAUUUCCACACGCCAGAGGGCCAGGCAGAGCUGAGGCGACUGGUGGAGGAAGCGGUGCUCGGCGAGGGCCUCGCCGAUGAGAGGAGCGUUCGCCAACGACAGGAUUAG